AUGCCUGUAACUGUAAUAUUAAGAAGAUUCAAAUCCAUUCACUGGACUUCUGAUAUCGCCUUAGACUUGCAGAUGCUUAAGGAAAUUGUCUAUGUGCGCGCCGGUGGUGGCGGACAGCUAGUGACCUCCUUUGCAGUGGCCUGCGAGGAACUAUCGCUAUCGCCGAGUGCAAAGGGAGUUGCAACUCCUAGUGGUUAUGUAAAUUCCAAAACGUUGCAGUGCGAGUGUCUCGCUCGAGCGCGUGCGGCGCCCGCCCGGCCGCGCCGCCCGCGCCGGUGUCGCUCGGUCGCGGCCGCCGCUCGCCGGUGCACUGAAACGAGACGCGCGGGGGGAUCGGAGGUCGCGUUCCUCCCGCCUCCGCCCUCUACGCGACUGCGGCCUCCGCACGCCACUCUCUGA